AUGGGUAAACAAUCUAAAAAAUCAUUUUUAAAAAAUAAUAAAGUUAAAAAAACAAAUAUUCACAACAAUAAUAGCAAUCCGAGAAAAAAAAAAUUCUUUAGCGAAGUUAAUAAUGAAAUAAAUGCCAAUGACAACACCAAUAAUACAAUCAAUAAUGAUAAUGACAACAAUGAUAAAGUUAUUAAAGAUAUUGGUGAAGAGGUUGGAAAAUAUAUUGGUGAGAGAAAUGAAAACAAUGAAAAACAUGGUAAGGGUAAAUUAAUAUUGGAUGGUGUAACAUUAUCGGGUCAAUGGAAGAACGACGAAAUUGUAGGCGAAGGAAAAUACAAAACUAAGGAACUAACAUUGAAAGGAUCAUUUUCAAGUGGGGCAUUAAAUGGAAUAGUGAAAGAGUUUGAUAGAGAAACAAAGAAACUUAUAUUCGAAGGAUACUACAAAGAAGGUGUUAGAAGCGGCAAGGGCACAUUAUACAUGGACGAUGGAGGCUCACUCAGAGGAAACUGGGGGAAUGGAUCGUUGAACGGUCAUGGUAUUUAUAAAUUUGGAGAUCAAAGAUUCACAAUCGAAGGACAGUGGGAAAAUGGUUUAAUAGUGAAGGGUAAAUAUAGACUACAAUUCAAUGAAAAUGACAAUGAAAAUGAUAAACCUUUAGCAGAAUAUUAUAAAGAACUACCUAAAAAAGUUAAAGAGUUUCCAAUUAGAUACGAUAUAUCAACUGAUACCACCAUAUCAAGCGACCCGUUGAUGAUGGAUAUCUAUGAAAACUAUUACAGCUAUGUCAAAGAAUCAUCAAUUCCAAACUCUGGCGAGGGUUUAUUCGCACGUGUAGAUAUUCCUGUAAAUACCACUCUAUCAUUUUACAAUGGUGUUAGAAUACCCCACAAAACCGUUAACGAAAGAUCUUGGGAUUUAAAUAGCAACACCAUCAGUUUAAACAGCGAUGUGGUCAUCGAUGUCCCCUCCCACCUAUCCAGCACCUCCCAAUACUGUGCCACCAUUUCCCACAAGGCCAACCACGACCUAAAUAAAAAAAAUGCAGAAUAUUCCUUCUACAACCAUCCCAGAUUUGGUGAAAUCAAAUCAAUCAAAUCAAUCAAACCAAUCAAAAAAGACGAAGAAAUUUUUGUAUCCUAUGAUUACACUGAUGAAAAACCAAGUUGGUAUAAAUAA